GCAUCCAAGGCUCUCUUUCUGGGCACGUCUCUCCCUCUCCGAUCUCUACCUCGAUAGGGAGGAGGCGGAGGAGGAGGAGGAGGUGGUGGAGCAGCAGCAGCAGCAGCGUUCUUCAAAGUUGCCUCUUUUGGGUUUGCAAAAUUGCCUCUUUGAAAGGUAUCGGUGCGGAUUGAGCAUGGACGAGAGAAUCCCUUCUCCUGCUUACUUCCAGUACUCGCCUUCCGGUGUCCACUCAUCUCCUUCCCCGCACCACUCCAUCAGGUCGCCUGCGACUUCGGAAAGAGAGAGAUAUUUGACUGAAUUACUGGCUGAGAGGCAGAAAAUGAUACCAUUUAUGCAAGUCCUUCCCUUCUGCCAUAGGCUUUUAAACCUAGAAAUUAUGAGGGCUUCUGGUUUGGUGCCUAAUCAUUCUUUUGUUGAUUCUGAGAGAAUGGAUCAUGGUUCUCCACUAAGAUUAGGUGAACCAAUGGAUCUAGAGGGAUGGUCAGGAAUGCAGACAGAGGAAAAUGGGUACCUCAACAGAGUUGGGACUAUCCAAACAUCAAAUAUAGGCUGGAAUGGAAUUACUAGAGUUAACACAAGCCCAAUUGUGAAGAAAAUUGUGAGGCUAGAUGUCCCUGUCGACAAGUAUCCUAAUUACAACUUUGUUGGUCGCUUGUUGGGACCUCGAGGGAACUCCUUGAAAAGAGUUGAAGCUACAACUCAAUGCAGAGUAUAUAUCCGAGGUAGAGGCUCCGUGAAGGAUUUGGUGAAGGAGGAAAAGUUAAGAGAUAAACCUGGAUACGAGCACCUGAAUGAGCCAUUACAUGUUCUUGUAGAGGCCGAAUUCACGGCUGAUGUAGUCGACGGUCGUUUGGAUCAAGCUGUGACGAUACUGGAAGACCUCUUGAAGCCAGUGGAUGAGUCUGUGGACUACUACAAGAAGCAACAGCUGAGGGAAUUAGCCAUUCUGAACGGAACUCUCCGAGAAGAAAGCCCUCAAUUGAGCCCGAGCUUGUCUCCGUUCAAUAGCACGGGCAUGAAACGAGCCAAAACAGGACGGUGAUUGGCAAAUGUGCAAUAUGCUGCUCUGCCCAUUAGUAUUUAUCGAUGUCAGGGGAUCAUCGGAGAACCAUAUAAAAGCAUAAUGUUCGAUGGCUCCUUCCUAUGUGGUAUUGCCCGUUACUGAAACUGUUCGAUUAUUUAUUUAUUUGUAUAGAUAGACCUCCAUCGCCCCGAAUGCUAAGGUUAUGCGAGUUGAAUAAGUUGUUUGCUCGUCGAAUUUUAAUUGUUAUUUGUUGGCAUGUAACCUUGCACUGAUGUUCUUGUGGAUAAUGAAUAAUUUUAUUAGUGUGGAUUUGCUUCA